AUGCAUUCUGUUGGAAAAAUUGCCGAACUCGCUCUUCUAGUAAACUACCAGGUAAACGAAACGUCAUCUACCAACAAUGUCUCCUCUCCAGUGUUUACUAUUGAUGAUUUUGAUGAUACUUUGUUGAGUGCCAUUGAUCAAUCGAUUUCCUUUCUCUUCAUCUUGUUGUUCAUUUCACUCAUUCUUGUCAUGAUAAUUUUCAUUGUGAGGAAUCAAACUUGGAAGACAUUGAGGAAGGCUCAAAGAAUUGUUCUCAUUCUCGUGAAUACAUUGUUGAUUGUUCAAACAUUGGCAUUGUGUGCAAGAACUGCUUAUACUUUUUGUAAUAUUUCCAUUGUUGAACGAUUUCACAAUUAUUUGAAAGUGAAUAAUGUGAAUGAACCAGAUCAACUCUAUCAAGAUGUUAUGAUAAACAGGAAUAGUACAUUGACAACAGAAACUGUUGGGAUACCAUAUGCUGAUUUAGUGGGAUUGUUCUUUGCUCUUGGUAUUGAAACAUUCCUCAUUUUGAUUGCCUUGUUGGUGAUUAAUGAAAUUGUGCACUACAUUUCUCAUUUGUUCUUCAAUUUGAUCAAAUAUUCACAAGGAAUUUUGAAAUCAAAACAAACAAAAAUUAUCAGAAAGAUAUUUGAUACUUCCUUUUUCAUUAGUUCUGCAAUGUACUUCUUGUUGGUUGUUGCAGUGUUUGUCAUGCUUGUAAUUGAGAGCUUGAAAGUGACUGUGGAUAUUUUGUUCAUCUUUUCAAUUGCUUGUUUUGCAUUCUUUGCAAUUCAAUUAAUUGUUCAAACAAUUGCAAUUUCAAUUGUGUUUUCAAGAGUGAUUAUACUGCUGAACAAGACAAGAAAACAAUUCAAAGAUCAAUCUCAAUCCUAUUCAUGGAAACAACCCAUUUUGAAAAUUAUCAUUUUGCUUUCAGUUUUGAUAUUUUCAACAUUUUUUCAAAUUAUUGCAGUUGGAUUGGGUGCUGUUAGUUUUGUUUGGAAUUAUUCAUCAUUGUUUUAUGAUUUUUUGAAUUGUUUGGGAAUUUUAAUCUUUUCAAUUUUGGUCAUGUGUUUAUAUCAUCCUUCCUUUGAUUUUUUCAAUAGAAAUCAAUCCGAACAAGACACAACAACAACUAAUACUAAUACUACUAAUACCUAUACUACCGAUACUCAAACUACCUUUGAAGAUCGAUACAUAUCCAAGGAAUUUAUUGCUACGGGAGGUUUUGGCACUGUUUAUAAAGUGACUACCAAGAAUUAUGAAAAGUUGGCUCUAAAAUUGGGUAAGCAAACAUCGGAAGUUAUGAUUUCCGUUCGAGAGUAUCAAAAGAUGCGUCAGAUUACUCACUGCAAUAUUAUUAAAACUUGUGAUUUAUUCAUGAUUGGAGAUGGUAUUGUAGGGAUAGAAAUGGAGUUGAUGAAGAUGAGCUUGAAAAAUGUAAUGACGACAGAAAAGCCAUUUUCUGAAAAGAUUAUGCAGACUAUUCUAGUACAAAUGUGUAGUGCUUUGGAAAUUUUGAAAGUUUGCAAUUUAAUUCACAGAGACAUCAAACCAGAUAAUAUUUUGAUAAGAGAUUUGGAUUUGGAGAGAGAAGAAGUGAGUGUAGUUCUUUCGGAUUUUGGAUUGGCCAGAAACUUGGAUACUUUCACAAGUACAGGCAUUUCUGGAACUGUCAAUUUUAUUGCUCCUGAAAAGGAAGGUCUCGAACUGUUACCUGAAAAUUUAUUGGAAGCCAUUAAGGAAUUUGAAAAGGAUCCACUCAUGAAGGAAGUUUUCCUGGAGCAUAAUUUCAACAUGUUCAAGAUGGCUAAGAGAGCUGAAUGGGAUAAAUAUGUGCAUCAUUGUGUGACUGAUUGGGAAUUUGAAAGAUAUUCGAAUUUCAUGUAA